AAAUGGCUGUCUUUUCAACUCAACAGAUUGCUAUCAGCCUGACAGAGCCAACUCCUGUUCCUUUUUGCCGGGUCAUUUCCUUUACUCACUGUCUGUAAGAGCCGCCCACUUGGGUGUUUCUCAGGAUUAUAGGUUUUGAGGUCACACUGAAACCCUGGGGAAUGCCUGAAAAGCCAAACACAAGCGGUUACUUUAUGCACAAGCUGGAUGAUGUGAUCCCACUGCUGCCGCGUGGAGCGGAGGCUGCUGAACUUGAGCUUGUGUGAGCUGCUCUUAUGGCAAGUCCGUGGGUGGCCAGGAGCACAUGUCAGUCUGGUUAAGAGCUCUGCUCAGAAGUAGCCGCUGCAGCUGAAGGUUUUCGGGUGGGCUGAAGGCUGGGCUGCUCCUUCAUUCAUUUCAGAAGUUAAACAGUGGCCUGUUUAACUUCUUCGCAUGCCAUCUUUGUCAUCGCCAGGCAGUUCCUCCAUGGAUGAGACACAGGGGCCUCUGGCCAUGACUGUCCAUCUUCUUGCCAACUCUGGGCACGGUUCGCUUCUGCAGACGACUCUGGACCAGCUCCUGGAUUGCAUUUGCCCAGAGGUCCGGCUCUUUCAGGUGUCUGAACGGGCCAGUCCUGUGAAAUACUGUGAAAAGUCCCACUCCAAGCGGUCCCGGUUCCCAGGGAUGUCCGUCUUGCUCUUUCUGCCCAAAAGCCUGGGAGAGGAUCGGCUGUUUCACAUCCUGGACUCUCUCCAACAUUCGCCAUGGCAGUACUACCCCACCCAGGACACUCGGGGAAGGCCGUGUCCCUACCUUCUUGCCAAUCAGGAGUUCUACAGCCUGGACAGCCAGAUGCCCAUCUGGGGGGUGAGGCAGGUGCACUGUGGCUCUGAGAUCCUAAGGGUGACGCUCUAUUGCAGCUUUGAUAACUAUGAGGAUGCCAUCAGACUCUAUGAGAUGAUCCUGCAGAGAGAAGCCACCUUGCAAAAGAGCAAUUUUUGUUUCUUCGUGCUCUAUGCCACCAACAGCUUUGCUCUGCAGCUCUCCCUGAAGCAGCUGCCCCCAGGAAUGUCAGUGGACCCCAAAGAUUCUUCGGUGCUGCAGUUUAAAGUUCGAGAGAUUGGCCAGUUAGUGCCUCUGCUACCCAACCCAUGCAUUCCCAUCAGCAGUACCAGGUGGCAGACUCAGGACUACGAUGGCAACAAGAUUCUGCUUCAGGUCCAGCUGAAUCCAGAACUUGCUGUUAAGAGUGGUACCUCGGGAGCUGGCAUGCUUCCCCUGGGCUCGAGGCUGACUUCUGUUUCUACAAACAGGACCUCAGAACCCAGAAGCCAGAGGAGCCAGGGCAGGAGGUUCCAGGGGCAUUCUCUGGAGCUUCCUGAGCCUGGUGGGAGCCCCACGUCAGACAGCCGUGGUGGCACUUUGUGGAAAAGCCCUGGCCGGUCAUUCCAGGCCAGCAGCCCAGCCACGGGUGCCUACCUGCAUCUGCCUUCUCAUCACCUUGAAUCCAGGGCCAGAAAGAAGGUCCUCAACCGGGAAAACAGCUUUCAGAAGCUUGAGGCAGAGAUGAAUGUUGACACAGGGUUCACUAUCAUAAAUUCUGAACCCAGGCAGACUUAUUUUGGUGGAUUUCCAAGGGAUUUGCAGACCAGCCAGCCACCAUUCUGCUUGCCGCCCUCUUCCUUAGGGGUGGCUACCUCCAAAAACAGCAGUGUCCUUAAGGAAAGAGUCUGUCCUUUGCCACUUGCUGGCCAAAGGGACCUUGGUACCAGGAAGACAAUUUCAAAAUGUCUUCUUCAUCUGCACGUUCAGGGUGAAGAAAAAGAAGACAAAGAAGAAUUCUUUAUAUAGCAUAAAAUGAAUGUGGUUUUCUAAAACAUAAGCUCAGAUAGAAUGUUCUAGAAAUAUAGUACUGACAUAGAAUGUGCCCCAUGCACGAUCUAUAUUGCUUUAUUUCAAAUGUUGAGUCUAAAGGUGCUGGGAAUGAUUAUUUGCCAUCAUAGUCGUAAGCAAAUACAGCCAACACAGGGAAAAAGCCGAAUGCGUUUGUUCCCUGGAGAUGCACUAACCCAGCUGGAUGUGUUGAAUCCAGCACCUAUCGGGAUAAUUGCAUUGUAUGCAAAUGAAUUGGUAUGUUAUACAACACUAAUUAGUGUCUGUAAUUUGGUUUUAAUUUUUACUUAGGCUGCAUAGCUCAUCCCCCUGGACAAUAUGGACUGCUAUUUAUUCUUCAAUGCUUUUUAAUUUUUAUGUGACCUCUUUUGGUAACUAGGCCUGGUUCACCACAUACCAUCUUGUGAUUUUGCUUUUAAAGUUCUUUGUAUCUGGAAUGAGUGAAAAUGCAAAGUGUUUCGAAAAUUAUAAACACUUAAUUUUGUUUUCCUGUUUAAUAAGCCAAAAUACUGGAAGCCAGGAAAUCAGGUUAAAAAUGAAUGCUGGGCUCUAGGGUUUUUCUCCUUGUCUGCUUCUCAUUUGUUUCUGUGCUAUGUCAAAGAGGACUGUGGUUCUUGUUACAAACCAAAGAGGAAUGUGGUUGAUUGGAUGAUUUCUGAUCUCCACUGAGCACAGGGGAAGACUGGAUGGGUUGAUAUGGUCACUGGAGCAGGACUUGUGUUCCUCUGGAGACAUUUCCACUCCAAGAUUAUUUUACAAAACUCACUCACUUAUUCAUUUAUAUGUGUUCAUUUAAUAAAUAUUUUUUGAAUAUUUGAGUAAGACAUUGUGUAUAUGGUACAUAUACCAUCUGUGGCCACGAAACCCAAAAAGUGUUUGUGGUUUCACCACUGUGAUAAAUUCAUCCUGCCAACUCUUUUUUUUCUUUCUUUUCGAGAUAGAGUUUCGCUCUGUUGCCAGGCUGGAGUGCAGUGGCACAAUCUCUGCUUACUGAAACCUCCACCUCCCGGCUUCAAGUGAUUAUCUUGCCUCAGCCUCCCGAGUAGCUGGGAUUACAGACGCACCACCACUCCAGGCUAACUUUUGUAUGUUUAGUAGAGACAGGGUUUCACCAUGUUGGCCAGGAGAGUCUCGAUCUCCUGACCUCGUGAUCCGCCUGUCUCGACCUUUCAAAGUGCUGGGAUUACAGGCCUGAGCCACCACGCCUGGCCCAUUCUACCAACUUUUUAAAAGAUAUUGAAUUCCGAAUACAUUAUUCCAAAAACUUUUUCCACAGUUAAGACCCACACUUGCCGCAUAAUGGUGUAAUAAGCAUUUGCAACCUGCAGAGGGAGACUGGGCAUAUUAUGAAUUGCAAUUAUAAUUGGAAUGGACAAAUUCUCAGCUGCCCGUAUGCUGAAUUUUUUGGUUAUGUCUGUACACACAUUUGUUAAAAACCUGAGGCCUGUGCUUCAGUUCAUUUAGAAGGUUAUUCGACGCCAUGAACUUCACUCUCAGAAAAGAUGUUAGGUAAGAGUAUAAAUGCUGAUUCAGCUGGAUCUUUCGGAGACUUGGAGACUUACUACAUCCAACUGGAGGCAGAGAUGAGUUCAGGCCUAAAGUCAAAUCUUGCACAAGUGAGUCUAGGCUGAUUCUGGGUGCUCUGCUCGGCAAAAGGGAUAGAAAUGGAGGAGAGUUUCAAAUGGAAAAAGACGGCCGGGCGCGGUGGCUCAAGCCUGUAAUCCUAGCACUUUGGGAGGCCAAGGCGGGUUGAUCACGAGGUCAAGAAAUCGAGACCAUCCUGGUCAUGGUGAAACCCCGUCUCUACUAAAAAUACAAAAAAUUAGCUGGGCACGGUGGCGCGUGCCUGUAAUCCCAGCUACUCAGGAGGCUGAGGCAGGAGAAUUGCCUGAACCCAGGAGGCGGAGGUUGUGGUGAGCCGAGAUCACGCCAUUGCACUCCAGCCUGGUUAACAAGAGCGAAACUCCGUCUCAAAAAAAAAAAAAAAAAAAGAAAAAAGGAAAAAGACAAGACUUCUCAACUGAUAUUUCUUGUCCUUAAAAUAUCAAUAUAUUCUCAUUCCCAUUUUCCCUCUUUCUCCCCCAGACUAAAAUGUGGUUUUAGAAAAUGGGAUGAAGAACUUAUCUUUGGUAUGGCUUUCUAUAAUAAGAGUUAGAAAAAAAAAAAAAAAAAAAAGAAAGUUCAACUACCAAACUUUGAAUAAACACAGCAGGAAGAAGUUUUGAAAUUUCCUUUCUACUUUUUUUUUGUGUUAUCCAAAUUUUCUUAAUAUAAUACAUGGGUAAGAAUACAAGUACCUACAAAUCAUAAAGACUAUGAGAAAUGUGAAUCAGCACCUUACGAAAUUGAGUUGUAAAAUAAUAUACUCUUAAAAUGUCAUCUAUUCUGUCCUGUAUUGUUCAGGGUCCCCAGGGGAAGAGAACGAAUAGGAUAUAUCUAUAUCUAUAUCUAUAUCUAUAUCUAUAUCUAUAUCUAUAUCUAUAUCCUAUAUAUAUGUGAAAGGUAGUUUAUUAAGGAGAAUUGACUCACAUGAUCACAAGGCGAAGUCCCACAGUAGGCUGUCUGCAAGCUGAGGAGCAAGGAAGCCAGUCUAAGUCCCCAAAACCUCAAAAGUAGGGAAGCCGACAGAGCAGCUUUCAGUCCGUGGCGGAAGGCCCUAAAGCCCCUGGCAAACAGUGGUGUAAGUCCGAGAGUCCAAAAGCUGAAGAAGCUGGAGUCUGAUGGAGUCCAGGGUGGAAAGUAUCCAGCAUAGGAGAAUGAUGAAGACCAGAAGACUCUGCUAGUGUAGUCCUUGCACGUUCUUCUGCCUGCUCUAUUUUAGCCACGCUGGCCGCUGAUUAGAUGGUGCCCACUCAGACUGAGGGUGGGUCUGCCUCUCCCAGUCCACUGACUCAAAUGUUAAUUUCCUUUGGCAACACCUUCACAGACACACCCAGGAAUGAUACUUUGCAUCCUUCAAUCUAAUCAAGUUGACUCAAUAUUAACCAUCACACUAUUCAACAAAGGAAUUCAAUUUACAGCAUGACGGGAUAGAAAUACUAGUGGGCUGGAUGGGGGAGGCCCAGAUUUUGGUUUCCUCUUCUAAAUUUACUAUUGAUGUGACCUUGAGAAUGUCAGGCUCCUUGGUCCUCGGUUGCUUUAACAACUGUAACAAAAGAUUGUUAGGGGACUCAAGAUGAUGUAUAUGAAAGCAUUUGCAUCUCAUGAAGCAUUAUAAAUGUGUGAAGUUUUUAUGAUUAUUGUAUUAUUUUGUAUAUUAUAUAACAUAGUAUAUUAUUAAUACCAUUGGUCCUUUGGACUCACAGUUUAAAAAUGUCAUGAGAACAAAGGACGUUUUUUGAAACAAGUUUUGGUAAAAUCAAUGAGGCAAUAAAAAACAAAUCCACCUUUCUAAGAUUUUUACUAUAUGUGCCAUUUGCUUUAUGUUUCUAUAGCUAAAAAGAAAAUUAUUUAUAACAAACGAUCAAAUACAUCCUAAAGUUCAAUAGAGAUUGUAUACAACCUGGAUAAACUAUGAACUAGCUCGAUCCAAUUUAUCAAAUUAAUGAGACUUAAUUGAAUUAUGUGCUAUUCCCUAAAAUGUAUAAUGUGUCACUUUUUAAACCUGAAAUGUAUAAUGUGUCACCUUUUAAACCUGAAAGUCUUCUGAUGAUUAGAAUACUUUAUUUUUCUAUAAACAAAAUGCACAUCCAUUUGAGUUCAGUCCUAGACCACUGCAAUAAAGCAGGUAUUGUAAUAAAGAAAGUCCCAUGAAAUUUUUGGUUUCCCAGUGCAUAUAAAAGUUAUGUUUACAACAUACUGUAGCCUAUUAAGUGUGCAGUAGCAUUGUGUUCAGGA